AUGUCGGCGCCGCGGCGAGCCGCGGAACAGCAGCAGUCGCCGGAGUCCCCGCCGAGGGUCGUCUCGCUGCAUGCCUUACAUCGCCGUUCCUCGCCGCUGACGCUGAGUCACCAGGCGCUGAGCCACGGUCUUGAUUCGGCACGAAGAUUGGAUGCCUUGGAAUGGUUGGUGCAAGCGUUCGAUACCUUGGACUUGGCUGACGAACAGCUCUUCUCGGCCAUCGGUCUCUUAGAUCGCUACGCUGCGGCGUCCAACACGCCGAUCGCGGCUGGACCUGGAGCCUUUGCGCUGGUCUUGGCGGCCAUGCUCAUCGCUUUGAAGGUGUCGGGUUUCAAGAAGGACUUGGAGCAGGCACGGAAGUUGGUGGUGGAGGUCAGCGGCUCAUCCAGGCCCUGGAGCGCGGUCCGGAAGGCGGAGCUCAACAUCCUGCGACGGUUGGGCUUUCGAGCCUGCACUCCCACAGCAUACCAUUUGUUGGACCGGCUUCUAUCAGAUACCCUGAACGCACCGAGCGACAGAAGCGCCGUGGGGUCAGAAGACAUGGAAUGGGACAACGAAAGUAAGAUGCGGUGCAGCAGUCUGGCUUGCUUCCUGUUGGAGCUUUGUGUCAUUUAUGACCCUGAAGCCUUGUAUAGCUCUGGCCGGCCACCUUUACUCAGUGUUGUCUCGGCCUUGUUGUUGAGCCUCUUGGCACAUGGUGCGCCUCGUCACUAUGCGCAGAUGCUGGGAGAAGCCAUUCAUCUCACCGAGUCCAACCGCUCCACCUUAACGGAGAUCGCGGAAGCGAUGCGAAAUCGCUGGGCCCUGGAGGAGCAGAAGAGCGCCGUGGGUGGCAAGGCCAUCGUGCUGGAAAAGUGGCACCGCCGGAGCGGAUGCUUCGACGUGUCAGUGCCAGGGGCUUUCGACCUACGGGCGCUGACCAGCGGCAUUCAGAUGCCGAAGGAGAAGAGCUUCGUGCCUAAGGCGCAACCGGCCUUGACAGCCUUGCCCACGUCUCCGAAGCCUCGGCGCCUCAGCGGCGCUGAGGUGCUCUCGGCGCUGCCCACGCCGGCGCGGCGCUCCGCCGGCGCGGCGCGCUUGGAGGCCUCAGUAACCCGCAGUCAAGCACCCAGCUUGGCACCGGCCCUGGGGCGGCUCUCCAAGACGAAGGAAGAUACUAAGCCGCCAGCUGUCAAGGAGGAGCUUCGAAAGGCGGAGGAAGAUAAGAGGCAUCAGGAAAAUCAAAAUCGCCAGCUCUCCUACUGGCCCCUGCCAGCCACAGGAGAUGCGCAGCAAGAGGAAGAUCCAUUGCUGGGACUCACACAUGUGCUGAAUAUGGUGGCACCCCGGCCUUCUGCCGCCAACUCUGGCGGCUCCAAACUUCAAAGUCUGCAGGCACCCUCUGUGGCAGCCGAGUUGUUGGUGAGUUCCGCCUUGAGGAUGCUGUGGCCCGCAGACAAGCGCAAGUUGGCGCCCAAGGACGCUGCCUCCACCUGCCGCGAAGCCGCCAACGUCCUACAGGAGGCCAUCGCACAGCUCUCCGCAGCCGCCAACGUCUUCGAGGCUGCGCCGGCCACGGCCACGGCGCCGCAAAGCAGCGUGGCCGGGGUGCCACCGGUGGUGCAGGCCACUAAGGGUCGCAGCACCGAAACCAAACGCCGCCGCACUUAUGCGGGAGGCGCCCCGCCGGUGCAGCCUGGCAUCUCGCCACCCGUUAGCAGCGUGCUGGGCAGCGUGGUGAGGGCCUCAUCCACGGCGUAUCGACAUAGUCCACCGGUAACUGGAAGGCAGCGGGUGUUUUUGGCACAAGCCAUGAAUAUCGAGACUGGCAUCGCCAGUGAAAAGCCGCCGUCACCCUGCGACGAUAGAAAGGAACGCGCGCGAGCUCGGACACCCAUCGUGUCGACACCGCUGCUUGUUCUGCCAGGGUGCGGUGCUCUUCCCAAGUGCUUUGCCAAUGAGUGCGUUGCCAAUGAGCAGCAAGGAUUGGACUCAGCGACGGUCCUUGAGCCGCUGUUGCCCAUGGUUUGCGGCUAUAGCUCCGUGACAGGCGUCCUGUCAAUGGCCACAGUAUCGCGCUACUGGUGUCAAGCUGCGCGAAGCAACCAGGUCUGGAUCCAAUGCAGUCGCAGUCGCUGGCUCUUCGGCGCCCUCUUCCAGGUGCCCGACGACGCGCCGGGCGCCAGGGACGAGGCGGCCCUGACGCUCUGGCAGCGCUCCGUGGAAGAAUACCGCGCGGGAGUGGCGCAGUCUGAUGCCUUCGGUUUCUUUCUCAAUCGCUGCAAGCAGGACAAGGAGGUCCGUCGGCGCUUGUCCGAAGCAGCGGGGAAGGAAAGUGAUGCAGCGGAGCAGAUCUUGAAUCAGAUGCAUCAACUGGGCCCCAACGCCUUGGACAUCUUGUUGCACCUGGAGAAUGGGCCGGAUCUGCAGUUGCGGCCCUUGGCCAAAGACGUGCGCAUCCAAAUCACCAACCAAUGGGCUGAGCAGCGCUGGACGCAGCUCAUCCAAGAUCGCAGCGCAGCCACCUUGGAGGAAGGAGCCUUGAUCCUCUCCCAGUGGGGCUAUCCCACUGCCAACGUGCCUUCCAUGCGCCUGACUCUGGACCGCCUGGCGCAGCGCGCGCAACAGCUGGGCGCCCGAAGAGCUUCGUCCAACGCGGCCGCGGCGCUGUCGCGGGCAGAAGUAAGAUCCAUGGUGGCCGCCCUGAACCAAGCACUCUACGAGGAGUUUGGAUUGCAGGGCAAUCAGGCGGAUUACUACAAUCCAGAAAACUCCAUGCUGCACUCAGUGCUGUCGAAUAAAAAAGGGAUCCCAAUUUCCUUGUCCGUGGUCUGGGUAGCCGUGGCGCGGCGUUGCGGCCUGAUCUGCCACCCCUUGGCCAACGUGCCGCGGCACGUGCUGAUUCGCAUUCCCACGGCGGGAGAGUCCACAGUGGGACCUGCAGAGACGGAUUUCUACCUCGAUGCCUUUGAUGGUGGCAAGUUGAUGUCUUGGCAAGACUUCUGCGCCUUCCUGACUGACAUGCUCGCCAUGAUGGGGUCACGAAUGAGAGAUAUCGAGCCGCACCUGUCAGAGUUUGUAGCCGUCACGCCACCAGUGCUGCUGUACCUUCGGAUGAUGAGAAAUCUGGAGAACAUCUACCGGCAGACGGGGGAUCGGCUUCGACUGCAGGGAAUUCAGCUGCAAAUGCGCACCUUGAUUCACCUCUUGGAGCAAGGAGCAGCGUCUGGCGGCUACCGCUGA